AUGACCUGGGCAGAGACGUCGCCCGGCCAUUGGGUCGAUGAGCUCGAUGGCGCGGAGAAAGUAUUCUACAAUCUCUCUCAGGCAUUCAGGCACCUGGGCAAGGAGUAUACUGCUGUCUACUGCAUUUGCAAGCUCCAAUUCGAAGGGAAGAACAACGCAAACUUGAAUGCUGCGCUUGGUGAAAGAGAGAAGCUGCUCUAUAAUGCUUGGAGUGCUCUAGGGGCUGACUAUCCCGGGCUCCGCGUUGUCAUCGCUCAGGACAAGGAUGGGCAGCCGAGAAAGGAGUACCGCGCCAGCGCUUCUGCUAAAAGGAUUGAUGGCUGGGCCUCGGAGACGUUCAUCGUUGAUGAUACAGGUCGUCCUGCAAGUGAAAUCGUGCCCACUUUGGCUCUGCGGGAUCUGCCCUGCCUAGUUUACCUCCCGGGCUCGUCCGAGAUCAUCUUUCACUCCCAGCACUGGCGGAUCGAUGCGCUGGGGACUUGCAUGGUGCUGGAUCGGUUGUUUGAGCUUGUUGGCUCCAGCACCAACGCCCCACAAAAUGGGGAGAAAACCGAGUACCAAGCUGUCGCCCAGCCUCGAAGACGCAUUCUCCUGCCCUCCGAAUACCGCCGCCACGCCCGCCCUGGAAGCAAUCGCAGCCACAGCUGGGAAACGGAACCAACCUUCCUUCUCGCGUUGCCAAGCCUGCAGUUCACGGCCAAGUCGACAGAGGCUCUCGUUGCGGCCUGUAAAAAGCAAGGGAUCAGCGUUACGGCUGCUGUUCAUGCGGCAAGUGCGGAGGUGGUGUUUGCCCAGGCUGAUGGAGUUGGCAAAGAGUUCGAUUACAGCACAAUCGUCGCCGUUAAUGCGCGAGACUACCUCCCUGCGCCGUACAACACAAAGCCAUAUGCGGUAGCGGCGUACGUGACGGGUCUCGCGCAGACAGCCCGGCGGGGAGACAAUUUCGCUGCUCGGAGCAAGCACUUGACGGCAGCGUACCGAGGGAGUUGGGGGUGUGAGCCCAAGGAGUACAUGGCUGCGCUGCGGGCGAUCCAUAAAGGGGUAGGCGAAAGACAGUCACCUAGCCCUAGCCCUGGCCCUGGUCCUGGUCCCAGUAAGACAAGCCAUGACAGAGCACGAGUUGGGAAUGAGGCUGAGUACUGCGGGAUAACAACUGGAGUGAAUGACAAUAUUGAUGGAACUUGA